CGUGUGGUGAUCCGGGCACUGACCCGCGGGCUGGGGAUUUGUAGCAGGUCUUUUUCGCCGUCCCCUGUGGGAGUGUCCCCCGCCGUGCCCGCCUGGCACCGCCCUGCGCAAACUGACCUCUCCCCCCUUGGGCCCCACUGUCCACUUGCAGACCAACACCAUCCAGCGCAGUUUCUCGUGCCCCUUCCUCCUCCCCAGGUACCUGUGGCCUGGUGCCUGCCCUGUGCGGGGAUCAGAAAUAAGCCUUGUUCAGCUUUGGACCCCUGACCCCUGCCGCAGUGCCAGCCUAUGGGGUUUAGUAUAAAAGUGAACGAAUGGAUGAAUCGCAAGGAUCAAAUAAGUAAAUGAAAUACGCGUAAGGCGUUGAGAGUAGAGUCUGGCGCAAAACUACCUGUUCAGCUACCGUGUGCGGGACACCGUUUUAGUCUUGGGGAAACAGAAAGGAAAAAGAUGAAAUCCCCGCUUUUGUGAAGCUGACGUUCUCCUGGGAGGAGGGAGACGUCACUGCUUCGGGGAGAAGUAAGUGCGUGAGGCCAAGGAAGCCGGUGAGGAGGAGAUGGCAGGGGAGGAGCAGUGCGGUCUGGAGUGUCCCAGCCUGUGUCACAAAGCGGAGCAGAAGGUGACUCUGGAGCUCAGAGACAGCAGCGUAAUCCCCAGCACAGGCGCUGAGAAUCGGUGACGGGGCCGGUGCCGGGGUGAGCCAGGGGGUGGUCACGGAAGCCGGCUGUGAUCAGAGAUCCGAAUGCAGAGGAGGCGCGUGCACGGCUGCGGGAAGACCACCCGCCGGAUGCGGACGUGGCAGGCCGCGCAGGGUCGGGGGUGCGCAUGGUUGAUCGGGGGCAACAAAGCAGCCGGUGCAGGCGGGGUGCAGGGCAGGAGGGUGAGUGUCAGGAAGUAGGUCACACGUCAGGCCGGGCCGAUCGGGACUUGGUGUUUUAUCCCCGGUGAGGAUGAGUGGCUGGCAGGGCUAGCGGAUGGGGACGGAAUGAACUGAGUCUGCACAUUAUCUGAGGUCCCUUUUGACCUGAUAUUUUGUGACCCUAAAUUCAGUGAUAAUGUCUCGAGUGUUUCAUUCGAGUGUUAAUAAUAAUGCCACCCCUGCCCGGCUCUUAGGAAGACGAGCGAGGUACUAGAAUUACAACGUUUUGAGUUUCACGGCGCUGCGUUAUCGCAGGCGAGCGCCCUCGCCAGCUCAGUCACGUUUGAGGUUUUUAACUUAGUAUCAGGGGGAAAUGAAAUGGUCUGAAAGCCCUUUAAUUGUGAGUUUCCGAGACAGUGUGUGGAAAGACGGCAGCCUGACACCUUUUCACACGCACCCGCAGGGCCUCCACGGCACAGGCCUCCUGACUUUCGUUGACUUCUGCCCUCGUGUUACGGGAAAGCCUUCAGUAGCUGCCCCUGUUCUUAAAGCGAGAGCCCACAUGCCUGCCAAGGCCUGCUCGCCUCGCCCUGGCCGGACUGGCGGCUGCAGCCACAUCAUGUCUGAGUACGGGAGGAUGACAGACACAGAGCGAGACCAGAUAGACCAGGACGCUCAGACGUUCAUGAGGACCUGCUCUGAAGCGAUUCAGCAACUGCGAACACAAGCCCACAAGGAGAUACACUCCCAGCAAGUGAAGGAGCACAGGAGCGCCGUUUUGGAUUUCAUUGAAGAUUACUUGAAAAGAGUUUGUAAACUUUACUCAGAACAAAGAGCCAUCCGAGUUAAGCGAGUGGUGGAUAAGAAGAGACUAUCUAAGCUGGAACCGGAACCAAGGACAAAGACCAGGGCAUCCGUGUCUUCUGAGAAAGUUUCACGGAGUCCUUCGCAAGACUCUGAAGAAAAAUCUGUCACUGAGGAUUAUCCAGAAAAGGUUCCGGCUGAAUCCCAACCUGAAUUGGGCACGUGGGGAGACGGCAAAGGUGAAGACGAAUUAUCCCCAGAAGAAAUACAGAUGUUUGAACAAGAGAACCAGCGCCUAAUUGGUGAGAUGAACAGCCUGUUCGAUGAAGUGAGGCAAAUCGAAGGGAGAGUGGUUGAAAUUUCCAGGCUCCAAGAGAUAUUCACAGAGAAGGUUUUACAACAGGAAGCCGAGAUCGACAGCAUUCACCAGUUAGUUGUAGGGGCGACUGAGAAUAUCAAGGAGGGCAACGAAGACAUCAGAGAGGCCAUCAAAAACAACGCCGGCUUCCGAGUGUGGGUGCUCUUCUUCCUGGUGAUGUGCUCCUUCUCCUUGCUCUUCCUGGACUGGUACGACAGCUAGUCUGCCCUGCUCGCUCCUGGCGCAUGGGGCGCUGUCGAGGGUCUCCGGCAUCGGACCAGGGCUGUGCCCAGAUCCUACCACGUUGGGGGGAGGGGGCGGUGGCAGAGCUACGUGCUCCCGCAAAAGGGACACCCAGACCUGUGGUCUUAGCCCGUUUAGUAGCUGAAAAAGAAACUAAUGAACACAAAUUGACAGUGGACUGCGUGGCACUCCUGAGGCAGGGUGGAAGAGAGGGGGGUCGUUACUGGCUGCACCCAGACUGGUGGCCCACGUGGAGGGGCUGCCCGGAGGCGGGGCUCAGGGAGGCACCGACCUGGCCCUUCCAGUGGCUUAGGGAAGAGUGCUGGGUGAUAACUUCUCACGGCAAGUGACCAUCACUUAGUUUCCUGUGGCUUCUUGUCUGCCUGAGCCAAGUGCUGCAGAGUCGCUGCGUUGUAGAAAACUCGCCCUUGCCUCACAAAUAUAAUAAAUGCAACUACGGUUACUUCGUGUAAUAUCAGUGGGUCCAGAUACAGAAGGUCAGCGGACGCCUGCCUGCCUAUGGGGGAAGGGGUGUGGGGACAGACCCUGGGCCCUCAGCAAGGGGCUGCUGGGGCCCAAGGAGCAUUUGUCUGCCCUUGGGCCCAUGCACCUGUCCCUCUAGAACAGGUGUUCCUGUUUGCAGUGGGAACCACAUCUGUGCAGAGAGCAUGCUGGUGUUCACGGGGCCCCACCUCGGUGUGGGUGCCGAUGGCCCUGCGUUGCCCCCUGCAAAAUCGUGUGCUGUGUAUGCAAAAUCGAGAGUCUGUGGUGCAGCCACAGGGACCCUUGUGUUCUUUCUCUGCACAGAGUGAAAACGUCAAAAGUUACAUGUGAAUGCAUUUACAGUCAAUAAAGCGUCUACUAGAAAAUACAAAGGGGUGAUGCCUUAGCAGCGCGUUUACGCGGGCUAGAGCUUUCAGAGGUGUAUCUGUGCGGGAGAGUUUGGCACGUAGUCAGUGCUUCUCGUGCGUGCUCACGUCACACCCUCACAGCACGCAGCUCUAGAACACGCGCCCCGGCUCCAAGGCCACGGUCAUGGUUGCGAAACACCCUCCAUAAUAGAAUCCGGUUCUGGAAGCAUAUUUCAGAAAGCAGUGAUGGAGCUGGCCGUGGCCGCCACGCUUGUUUGCAACAGAUCUCAAACUCAUUGCCAUUUAUUUUUGACCUACUGAAAACAGUGAAACUUCUGACACGUCCACCAGAAAUAGCACAGAUAACAUGGAAGAAAAUGUCUGCGGAUGCCUGGUUUCCAUUUAAUGGUUUUACACACGUAGCUUAGCUAACUGGCAAUUUUGUAAACAUAUCCUUUAAUGUCAAGAUUCAGCUUGAAAUGUAACUUCUUUACAAAGAUCGUGAAUUGAAAUGUCCUCAGUGGAUCUGCAGGUUGCCACGCCAGCCCCUCCCAGCCUCCCCUGCCUGCUUCUUACAUGAAAAGAUUUCUAGUUCACAAAAUAAAAAUCAGUCUUGGCUUCCCAGCAA